GCCUCGACCCCUCCUCUCUCUGGAGGCGGGGCGCGGCGGUCGCCGGAAGCGGAAGCCGCUGCCGCUCCGCCCGGGGAGCGCCACGGCCAGGAAGAAGCGGUCGCCACGAGCCCAUCGGCGAUCUGAAGCACGACUCAUUGUGGCUUGCUGUGAUGCAGUAGCACUGUAAAAUGGCUAAGAGAGUGGCAGAGAAGGAGCUGACUGACAGAAACUGGGAUCAAGAAGAAGAAACCGAGGAGGUAGGAACAUUCUCAGUGGCCAGUGAGGAAGUUUUGAAGAACAGAGCAAUUAAGAAGGCAAAGCGUAGAAAUGCGGGGACUGAGCUUCUAACUUCUGUGGGAAAGAGGAGCUGUGACCAUCAGGAAUAUCAGGGAUUUUGUCUUAUCCUCACUUGCAAAUGCAGCCAACAUGGAAAAAUAUCUGAAAGUGGUGGAGCUUUUAAGGGGUUUAAAGGUUUCGUUUUACCUUCCGGAACGGGCGUUUUUUCCGGUUUCGGGAAUGGCCCCGGAAUGAAGACCUUGGGAGGGUUAUCCAACGGUGGGGGCAGCUCCAGCAGCAUUGCAAACAGCUCUUCGCUCUCCAGCUUGAAGACGACUCCAGAAACACAACCUGCACUUAGUCCUGUGGCCUCCAGUGGCUCAGUGAAUAAUGUUACGAUUGAGAAGACACCUGCCCGCGUGGAAGCAAACGGGGAGAGCCCUCAGCCCUUGCCCUCCGGACUCGCUCAGAGCAAGGCCUGCACCUCGGAGAGUUACCACAAACAGUUGGCCGCCCUCAAUUGCUCUGUGCGGGACUGGAUAGUCAAACACGUCAACGCCAACCCGCUCUGCGACCUGACCCCAAUCUUCCGCGACUACGAGAAAUACCUGGCUGAGAUAGAGCAGCACGGCCUGGCUGGCGACGGCGGCACCGGGGGCAGCAGCAACGCCGCCGAAGCGCAGCCCCGUCCCCCCUUUGGGAGCGCGACUCUUCCGCCGAGUUCCACAUUUUUCUUUAACAGUGGCAAAUCUGAGGACGCGUCUGGAAAGAAAGCAGAAUCGGGGGAAAAAACGGAACUCAAGCUAGGGGCCGCCUCCACCACCUUGUUCUCCUUCGGCAGGAGCGACGGCACCAACCCGGGUUCCGGGGCAGGGCCUGGAUUCUCAUUUGCCCCCGGAAACGGAGGUUUGUUUGGCAAAGAUGCCGGCCAGCCCAAGGCAGCACCUUCCUUUUCCAGCAGCUCUUUGGAUGCUCAGGCUGACAGCGGCGGCAAUGAAAGAGGGGGUGAUGAAGAAGAGGAAGAACCACCCAAAGUAGUCAUUAACGAAGUAAAAGAAGAGGAUGCCUUUUACUCAAAGAAGUGCAAAGUCUUCUACAAGAAAGAUAACGAAUUUAAAGAAAAAGGAGUAGGAACGUUACAUUUAAAACCUGCGGGCAGCCAGAAGACUCAGUUGUUAAUACGGGCAGAUACCAAUUUAGGCAACAUAUUGCUGAACAUUUUGGUGCCUCCCAAGAUGCCGUGCUCCAGAACAGGGAAGAACAACGUCCUCAUUAUCUGUGUUCCAAACCCUCCCGUUGACGAGAAGAACGCUUCAGUCCCGGUGCCGAUAUUGGUAAGAGUGAAAACAAGCGAAGAUGCAGAUGAGUUACACAAGAUUUUGCUGGAGAAGAAGGAGGAGGUCUAAGACGCGGUGUUUUCAGUGUCAUGCGGAAAUGCUGCCAAACUGUGGCUGGUCUUCCCCCCCCCUUGACUCUUAGUAGUAACUUUUUAACUCACUUCUCUGAUAUUUUAAGGACUCUCUUAGAAAUUUUGAAGGGUUUAAAUGAGGGAAAGAAAUUAAGAUGGCCAAUAAAAGUUGUAACAUUAGCAUGGAUCUUUCUCCCUUCUAAUUUGAAAUAUCUAGCUUGCAAAGCAUCUGUGAAUAAACCUUGCAUAUUAAGUACAAAAAUCUUUUUGAUUAUACAUGAAAACUAAAGCUGCUAAAAGCCCACAAAUUAGUGACAUAUUAAGCCCGAAAUGGUGUAGGAAGAAAGUUACGUGAGUGAGUGAGAAAAACGGGAUGGGCAUACCAUAUUUUCCAGCUGGAUCUGAAAUCUUUUUCCGCUAGGUAAAAAUUACAGUUUGUGUUCUGUUAGCAGCUUUGUUUUUAAGUAAUAGCUGUUGGAGAACAUUGAUUAUAGAAAGUUCAGGAGAUACUUUGAAUGUGGUCUGGAGAACAAUUCUGAAAUAAUUGUCAUUUCUUGAUGCUUAACUGCAAGAUGCACAGCAUUGUCUCCAGAGAGGAACAAGGGCUCAAGAGAGGCUUGAGGCAAAAGCUGAAGACUUCAUUCAUUUUAAGUCCAAUUAGAACCAGUUGAGCUGAUUCUUCCCACUUCAUGUCCUUUAGCUCUUCCCAAUCUGGUGCUUUCCAGAUGUUGAGUUGAAUUGAAUUGCGGCCUAUCCUCUUGCUAAGUUGGGGGAUGCUGAUUUUCUCACACGCUGAGCACCCCAGCGAGCUCUUAAUCCCUGUACUUCGCCCACACGUUCAUUCGGUGGUCACAUUUUAUUGGAUCAGCGAUCUGACCAUUAUUUAAGUAUCUUUUUAGUGGAGAGACAAUGUUCCAAAAGAAACUGAUUGACUCAAGUUAUGAAUCGUCAGAAUAAGAACUGGAGUACUACAGAAGAAGAAGUAUGAAUAAAUGCCUUUUUCCACCAGGUUGAAGUUCUGGCUAUCUUUGAAAGAAUGUAUGGAAUUAUGUCAAGAAAUGGCCACUCUGAAUUAUAGUGAGAGAUUAUGCUGCACAAGCCCUAUUGAAAUAAAUGUGAAAUUGUGGGCCUUAUGCCUGCCAAAU